AUGAAGCUCACUUUCGCCCUUGCUAUCAUCUCCCUCGCCUUUGCCACCAACGCGGCUGCCGUUGAUGGAGAACACGCAGCAUUGUCGCGGCUCUUCCAGCGCGAUAUCUCUCCUCGCGAUGACCCGUGCUUGACGCCCUGCUAUGAACAUACUGGCAGCUACUGCCCUAGUCCUGGCGGUUGCGGUCUUCAAUGGCACCUCUGGCACUCCAUCCUAACCCCAACAAGUCUCUUCAUCCGAACCGUGGUCCUCAAUCUGGAUGUCAUGAACGCAGAAAAAUUCCUCGCAGCGGUGGAAAGCGGGGAGAUGCUAGCUGACAGCCAUGAUCGCAUGCUGCGAGUAGCCUACAUUUACCUUGAUGAGGGGUUCUGGAGUGACGAGGGCGUGUUCACUGUUGUGGAGAAACUGCACGAUCGUGGCUGGUCGUUUGGCAAGGGACAUUUACGGUUUAACCGCACCCUCGAUGUAUUCUAUCUCGCUCAGAUAGCGGCUGGUAUCUAUCGUUCCGCCGACCAACUAACCAGCGAUAUCCCUUCACCGGAUAGAUUUGACACCUUUUACGCUCAAAACCACCAAUUAUUGGACGAAGACGCAUGGAAAUUAUACUAUUCGCUUGAUUUUCUGGCCCAGGAGACCUCGGCUCGGUUUUAUCGCCUCCCCGAUCUGCAAGACCUCCCGGAUUCAAGUGGUCCCCUUGGUCUGCCCCGACAGAAAGGAACGGGCCAUUUCACGAAGCUUCCUCGAUGGGCGCAUAACGUGGCACGCACCCGCCGCCGACAGUCAACACUGUCGGUGGAAAGCCUCACCGAGAUAGCACUCGCGACUCUGAAGCAAACUACCUCACGAUUGGCGCAGAACUACCCCAACGUUCAGCCAUUCUCCGAGACCCAAGCUCGCUUCUGGCUCCAGCACAUGAAGGUAAUCUCUCCUGUUGCCGCGGGCAAGGAAUCAUGGAAUCCCAAUCAGUUCGGCGUCCAUGUUGCUCAAGGGGAUGGUGGCGUGGGCGUACAGGCACGGUGGAGAGGAUGGGACCCUGAGGUUGGUGGUGAGGAUGAGGUGGAAUUCUUGGCAGAAGUAGCGGCGCAGGAGAUGGACGGGGUUGACGCAAACAGCUUGAACUACGAGAUGCGGUCGCAUAUUCUGUUCGCUACGAUGCUUGCUGCGUUUAAGACCGCCGAUGGGGAGCAGUAUGUGGGGCAGUUGAAGCGACGCGUAGUCGACGCAGGGCGGAUCGACGAGGAUAAGGCGGAAAAGUGGAUUCAAGAGGCUUUGAAAAUUAUGGACCCAUAUGCUAAGAAGUUAGGUACGAGCUCUCUGCGAGCCAUCCUCGCCAUCAUCCCGCUACUCUCAUCAUGCGCACAAUCACAAGCCAUUGACCCAGAUACCAUGGACUUUCGCCAGGUUGAGGGCUGGAAAGACGUGCGCUUUUGUGUCACGACACUGUUUCCUUUCCCCGGCAGAUGCAGCAAUUGCCAGACCAUCGACGAUUUGUAUGGCUGCACGACGAACAAAUGCAUCUGUAAGCCGAGCAUCAUGGGCGGCGCCAUUCCUUUCCUUUCCGAGCAGGCCCUUGCGCGAUGUAGCAACUAUGACGACCAAUCGACCGCCGUGAGCAUCUACACAGCGUACUGCUCUGCCAAGGGCUAUACCGAGGUUGUUUCCCCGUAA